AUGUCUGCAGACAUAUUCCCUUUGGUAGUGAUGAAAGAAAUAGAACUUAAUUUUUCAAACAUUCAUUGUGAAGACUGUCGGGAUUCAAUAUAUACUACGAUUUCACGAUACUUUCCUUUAACUGAAGUAUCUGAUGUGUCUCUGAUUGCUGAGAGUCAAAAUACGACAGUAUUAUUUUACCUAAACAAUAAUGUGCUAAAGCUUUUUUUCAAUAAGCUGUCUUCUGCAGGUGUAAAUGGUUACUUAGUUAAAAAAUUAAUAAAGGAGCUAAAAAAGACUGGUUUUAUAGUUAUUUCUUGGGAGUUGCGUGAUGACGAAAACGCAGGUGAGCAGAAGGAUAAUAAUAGUCAUACUGAAUUACAUGAUAUUGACUCAGGGGGAACUGAAGAUGAAAUUUGGUUCUCUAAGUUAAUCUCUUCUUUUAAAAAGAGGCAAAUUAAUAAGAAUCACUUGAAGCACUGCAAGAAGUGUCAAGAUGAAAAGGAAUCUUCAGAUUCGAUAUCGGAAGAUUCAACAUUGGAAACUUUAGUAGAUCGUCUGGAAAAAGAAUUCAGAGCUGUUUUCACUAUUGAAGGUAUGACCUGUGCUUCAUGUGCUCAAUCGAUUUCUGAAGCAAUCAGUCAAGUUCUCUCUUCUGCGGGAGUUCAAGCCAAAGUCGACGAAGAGCCUCUUUUUUCCGUCAACCUCCUUCAGAACAAUGCUAUAGUUCUUCUACCGAACAAAAAGAUAGUAAACAAAGUUGUGGAUCUGAUAAAUGACAUGGGCUUUGACUGCCGCUUGCUUGAACUUCUUCCAGUUCAACGAUCAGUGAAUCUCAAAGUUACUGCGAUUAUUGGUGGUGUAACUUGUGCUUCGUGUGUUAAUUCUAUUGUAAGUGCAGUGAAUGAGUUACCUUUUAUCUUGGAGUGCGGAAUAAACGCAGUGACAAAAGUUGGUCAAUUCAUUAUUGAAAAUACACCUAAAGAUGAUGACAACUUGACGAAAUUACGAAGAACUAUUGAGGACUGUGGUUUUGAUUUCGAUUUAGUGAGUAAAACGAAGAUUAAUUAUACUCUGAAUAAGAAAAGAGCAAGGUCAAUACAUUUGAGGGUAGAAGGCAUGUUUUGUAAUCAUUGUCCAGAAAUCAUCACUCAAUAUUUAGAGAGUUAUGGAGAGGCUGUUGUUAUUGAAGAUCCUCUUACUUUGAAGUAUCCUUACAUCAGGUUCAAGUAUCUUCCAAGUCAAGAUGUGAAUAUCAGAAACAUAAUGUUCGGUUUGAACCAUCUUCAAAGGACAAAAGACGGUUAUCAGAUAGAUGUUAACAAAAAGAGUCUUUUUGAAUGUAAUUUAAUUGAGCCUGAGUCAAUGGAUGAACAUAUACGGAAACUAAGUAAAAAAGAGUUUAUCAAAAUUGCAUGGAGGCUAGUUAUAGCAACCGUCUUUGCUAUUCCUACCUUCAUAUUUGGGGUCGUUGCAAUGACUCUAUUACAUUCCACUAACCCUUUUCGGGUUUGGGUGGAGGAGCCCAUAUGGGCUGGAAAUGUGGCAAGAAACACAUGGAUUUUAUUAAUACUUAGUACACCUGUUUAUUUCUUUGCUGCAGAUAUUUUUCAUCGUAAGGCUUUCAAGGAAGUUUCGUCUCUAUGGAUGCAUCGUAAUUCUUUUAAGAGAAGGAUUUUUAAAUUUGGAUCAAUGAGCUUACUUAUGUCUGCUGGAACUUCUGUAUCGUAUUUUGCCAGUAUUGCAUUACUAAUUUUGAGUGCAAAUGAAGAAAAGAGUAUGUCAGGACUGAGAACGACUUAUUUUGAUUCUGUUGUAUUUUUAUCUUUUUUCCUAUUAAUAGGUAGGCUCUUAGAAAGUUAUUCGAAAAGAAAAACAGCAGAUUCUAUUUCCAAUUUAAGCUCUAUGAAAGUGACAAAUGCGACGUUGGUCGAAGAGCGAGAAGGCAAAUUUGUCAAUGACCAAAUCAUUGACGUAAAGUAUUUAGAAAGUGAUGAUUAUAUUCGAGUGCUUUCCGGAGAUUCCCCUCCAGUUGAUUGUAUACUAGUGGAUGGCUCCACGGAAUUUGAUGAAUCUGCUUUGACCGGUGAAUCGACUCCAGUGAAACACAGCCCUGGCCAUCAAAUUUUUUCUGGUACUGUUAACAUAGGAAACAGUGCCGUGGUUGCAAAGAUAAUCAACAUCGAGGAUGGGUCUUUAAUAGAUCAGAUAAUUGAUACUGUCAGAAAUGGUCAACUCCGUAAAGCUCCGAUAGAAAAAGUUGCUGAUCAAUUGACAGGAUAUUUUGUACCUAUUAUUGUGACAUUAGCCAUAGUUACUUGGAUUAUUUGGUUAGCUUUGGCAUAUUCAGGACGAUUACCGGAUAGUUAUUUGGACAUUGAUGUUGGUGGUUGGACGGUAUGGUCUUUGGAGUUUGCUAUUGCAGUUUUUGUCAUUGCUUGUCCGUGUGGGAUCGGAUUAGCUGCACCGACUGCUCUUCUCGUAGGUUCAGGAUUAGCUGCAAAGUAUGGUAUUUUAGCGAAAGGGGGUGGGGCUGCGUUCCAACAAGGAGCAAACAUUUCAACAAUUUGUUUUGAUAAGACUGGAACAUUAACUAAUGGUAAACUCCUGGUUACUGACUUCGCAUUUGUGGAGGAUAAAGCUGUGGAUAGGUCUCGGUUGAUCAAGUUAUUUGGAAUACAAGCGACAAGAGACUUGGAGUUAGCGUCAAAGCACCCUAUCGCUGAGGCUGCUAAACUCUUCAUAAAUGAAUAUACUUCAAAGCACACAGAGUUCAAGCCCACCCAAAAUAGAGUACCGCAAGUCGAGACUGUUCCUGGAAAAGGCUUGAAAGGUAGGUUUCUUUUUGAAUCAGAUAAUGAUGCUUGGUCACAAUACUCUCCGUCUGUGGCAUUGUUGGGUAAUGAAGCUUUAAUGAAAGAUCAUGGCGUGACGAUAUCAAGUAAACAAAAUGAGGUUUUGACUAAUUGGAAAGAGAAAUGCAAAUCCGUUAUAUUAGUUGCAAUCAAGGCAGAGAAAUUUUUUGAUGAUGGCAAGUUUCAUCUCCUUCUCAUGAUGGCAUGUCGUGACCUGAUCCGAGCAGAAUCGAAGAAAGUAAUCUCAUAUAUUCAAAAGAACUUCAACAUCCAGUGUUGGAUGAUUACGGGCGACAACAAAUUGACUGCUGACGCAAUAGCCAGUGAAAUAAAUAUACGCAACGUAGUGGCCGAAGUGCUUCCAGAAGAGAAAGAAUUACAAAUCAAGAGAGUUCAAAAGGUAUCUGGUGGAGUCGUUGCAAUGGUCGGAGAUGGUAUUAAUGAUGCUCCAGCAUUGGCGACAGCCGAUGUUGGAAUUGCUUUAUCAUCCGGCACUGAUAUUGCUAUUACUUCGAGUGAUUUUGUAUUGUUGAAUAGAGCUCAUCCUUUGCUAGCGUUACUUACUCUUUUGGACUUGUCGAAAGUUUGUUUUAACAGGGUGAAGUUCAAUUUCGCGUGGAGCUUGAUUUACAAUAUCAUUGGCAUUCCAAUUGCAGCUGGAGUGAUAUACCCCUAUCAUAAUUCUAGAUUGAAUCCAGUGUGGGCCAGUGCUGCUAUGGCAGCUUCGUCUAUAAGUGUUGUAAUGAGUAGUUUGGCUCUAAAGUUGUACAGACCAAAACUAGUUACAAAAGAAUUGGAUUUUGAAUCUGGUGAAGAACAUACUUAUGCUAUUGAAUCUAAAAUUUCUUAA